AUGCCUGCGACACCAAAGUCAACACCCAAAAAGGCGACUGCCUCCGCCAACGGCACACCUGCUGCAUCGCCAUCUGCUGCAGGCACUCCAAGCCGUAUGACCCGAGCACAGGCCCGCGCCACCGGUAUCAAGAUCAAGACCCCCUCACCGCUCAAGAAGGGCGGCUCUACGCCUAAAGCAUCUUCCAAGAAGGCUGCUGCAACCGCUUCUGCUGAAGAGGAAGAAGAGAGCCCGUCUAAGUCCAAAGCCAAGUCGAUCACCACCACACCAACCAAGUCUAGCUCUUCACCUUCAAAGAGUUCGCCAAAGAAGAGCCCAUCGCACAGCAAGGCUGCUUCUGUAUCGCCCAGCAAGCUUCCAGCUAGCCACGCGAAGCUCACUCGCAAGCCUACUUCGGCGCUUGCCACUGCUGAGCCUAUUGUUGCUGAGUACUCUGAGCAGGAGGAGGAAGUUGAAGAGGACGAAAAAGUUGAAGAGGACGAGGAUGACGAGGAUGAAGAGUCAGAUCUCGAAGAGGGGCAGGAUGUUUCGGAGAAGGGCAUGCAGCGACUGAUGGCUGCUCUUGGCGAGGACGGUCUCGAUGAGGUUGACAUGGCGGCUUUGGACGAGCUUGCUGGCGACGAGGAGGAUGAAGACGACGAGGACGUUGAAAAAGAGGAUGUAGAGGGCGAGGUAUCAGAGGGCGCGGUAUCAGAGGACGAAGAUAAGGAUGAGGAGGAGCAGCCAGAAGAUGGUGAUAUCCCUCCCGUUGUUGCCAGUGCCAACGGAGACACUCUCGCCGCAUCCAUUGCACGAAGCGGUCUUGUCCCUGCUGAAGAGUCCGACGAUGAGGAGGACGAGGAGGCAAAAGAAGCCGAAGAAGCCGAAGAGGAAGGAGACGUGGAAGACGACGCAGAGAACGCCAUCGCCUACGAAGACCUCCCCGACGACGUCGAGCUUUCCGAACAAGCCAAAGCCUCGCGUGUCCAGCGCAUCAAGGUCAACAACGAAUCCGCACUCAAACGCAUCUACGAAGACAUCCGCCUCGACGCUCCCUCCUCCUCUUCCUCCUCCAAGCUCCCCUGGAUCGAAACAAUGCGCGUCACCUACCCGACCUCCAUCUCGGCGGAAGUGACCGAUGUGGAAAACGAUCUCGAACGCGAACUUGCCUUCUACAAACAAGCGCUCCACGCCGCUGUCGAGGGUCGCAAACUCGUCGAAGCAAGCGGUACAGCCUUCAGCCGACCUUGCGACUACUUUGCCGAAAUGGUCAAGACCGACGAACACAUGGAACGUAUCCGUCAGAAACUCCUCGACGAAUCUGCAGCGAUCAAAGCUUCCGAAGCUGCCAAGAAGCAACGUGAACUCAAGAAGUUCGGCAAGAAGGUGCAGGUGGAAAAGUUGCAGGAACGCAUUCGCAAUAAGAAGGAGAUGAACGAACGCGUUAAUGGGCUCAAGCGCAAGCUCGGUGGCGGUGUUGGUGACGACGACGGCGAAGAGUUUGAUGUAAGGCUGGAGGAAGCUAUUGGUGAGAGAGCUAGUAAGAAGCAAGUGAAUGGGAAGGGUGGAAGAGAGUCAACGAAUAAGGCAAAGAUGCCCAGAUCGGCAAGAGAUGCAAAAUACGGUUUCGGUGGUAAGAAGAAGUAUUCGAAGAGCAACACUGCCGAAUCCACCAACGAUUUCAGUGUUGGUCCUACACGAGGUGCGAGAGGAAGCAAACCUUUGAAGGGCAAACCUACAUCGGGUAAAGCUGGGUUCCGACCUAAGCAGAAAUCAGGUGCUGCAAAGAGACCUGGCAAGGCAAGGAGGGCCGGUCACUAA